AUGAAGCUUUUGCAACACCUCUUUCCCUUGGCUAUGGCCUUUCUAUCCAUGACCAGUGCACUCCCAAAUCCUGAAAUGAUACAAGGUGUUGAGCUGAAAUCUGACCCCAAACCACCAUCCUUGAUCUACAACGACCCUGUCGGCGGAACCGGGGGAAAGGACUUUUCAGCUAUCUCCACAGCUUCUCAGACUAUCGAUACCCUCCACUUCUGGGUCGGAGAUGGCGGUGGUCAACCCAAAGUACUCCGAGGACUCCAAAUCACCUGGUCCGACGAUCGGAAGAGUGCAGUCUACGGAACGAUGACGGAUGAGUACCAGUCAUUCAAAUUUGCACCAGGUGAAACCAUCAAGGAGAUGCAGAUUGCCGGGGGUUUGCGCGCAGAUAGCAUAGCUUUCACAACAACUUCCCGCUCUUUCUUUGCUGGUGGUCAGGGAGGGAAGAAAGUUACGAUGAAUGUGGGCAGUGGCAUACUUGUGGGCUUUCAAGGAGGAGCGGCGAGGGACAUUGAUCGCCUUGGAGCUAUCUUUGCACAAGUCCAAGACUCUCCUACCCUGAAGGUUGGGCAGUGUAUGGAUUGUAAUCAGUCGUGA